CUUUUGAUCAACUAAAAAAUAUAAAUAAAUAAAGAAAAAUAAGAUCUGAGGGACAAAAAUUAAAAGAAAAGGAAGGGAAUAUUUGAAAACAAAAAUGAUAUUGUUGGCAUGAAGUCUCGAGGCGCACAAACUCUGCGUAAUUUCCGUCACGUAAAAAUCCCACCUCUCUCUCCAACAAAUAAAAAGCUGUCUUCCGUUCUCUCUGACAUCAUCUCCUGUAAACGAGGAAUCUCUUUUCUCUUCUCCUCGACAAGACUUCGCCUUCACAUUCCUUCGUCUUCCUCCGACUCCCUGCCCUCGCUUUCUCAGGGACUUCGUAAGGAGGCUUUUGACUAUCCGAAAACAGAAGUUUCCUUGGUCGGUGCCUUGAGCACAAUCGGGCUGUCAACAUCAUUGACAGCCCGAUUUUCUUGGACUAAGUCCAACACCAAGAAUCAGAUUUUGAUUUGGGACUUCUGUGAGGAGUAUAUGAUCAUAACUUGAUAUUGGCACGAGAGAUUUUGUUCUUCUGUAUGUACAAUAUGGGUUCCUUGUCUGGAAUCCUUCAACGACCUUUCGCUGCUGCUGCUCUUGUUGCUACGGUUUCUGUUUCUACUGAAUUUUCCAAUAAGUUGCCAUCUAUUAGAUCAUCAGACAGUUGUUCCUCCUUAGAACAAAUUGAAACUCAUGUAUCUUUAGCACAAGAAUUAAAGUCUUCGUGGGUUUCACAUAUAUCAGUUUCCAAGCUUGCAAAUUUGUCAUACAUAGGGCGGAUACGAAUCCCUGUACCUAAUGUUCAUUUGCCUGUUUCUGACCUUAGCCACAAGUUUGCUACUGGUACAAGUGGUUCUUUUGCUUCUCCUGUACUUCUUGAUUCUUAUCAGUCUGCCAAAUUGCCCCAAGCAUCAAAGCCAACUGCAUCAACGAAAGCCAUCUCUAGUUCACCACCUGAUGUGUUGUAUAGGUGGCAUUUUCCAGAUCCAAAUGCAAUUGAUGUUUCUGGGACUUCCAACUCUCCAUCCGUGAAAUCCAAGACUGUGGUGGUGUUGCUAGGAUGGUUGGGAGCAAAACAAAAACAUUUAAAAAGAUUUGCAGAGUGGUAUACUUCAAUGGGGUAUCAUGCUAUUACCUUUACUUUUCCAAUGAGUGAGGUUCUGAGUUAUCAAGUUGGCGGCAAAGCUGAACAUAAUGUAGAAAUGCUUGCUAACCAUCUUGCUGGUUGGUUGGAAGAAGAACAUGGAAAUAACUUGGUUUUUCACACUUUUAGCAACACUGGAUGGUUAACAUAUGGAGUCAUCCUGGAGAAGUUUCAGAAACAGGAUCCGUCUUUAAUGGGCAAUAUCAGGGGUUGUAUUGUGGACUCUGCACCUGUUGCACGACCUGACCCUCAGGUCUGGGCCUCUGGUUUCUCUGCAGCUUUCCUGAAGAAGAAUAGUGUUGCUACCAAAGGAUUUGGAAAUUCAAUGCCAUCAGAUGCAGAGGAAUUAGUUGGUGGUCACAAACCUGCAGUAGCAGAAUCCACUUUGCUGUUGGUUUUGGAAAAGUUCUUUGAGGUGGUUUUAAAUAUUCCUAAAGUGAACAGGAGGCUUUCUGAUGUGGUGGGCUUGUUGUCUUCCGGACAGCCGAAAUGCCCGCAGUUGUAUAUAUACAGCUCCGCCGACAGAGUUAUCCCGGCCGGAUCAGUGGAGUCGUUCAUCGAAGAACAGCGAAAGUCGGGGCGUGAGGUCAGGGCGUGCAACUUUGUCUCCACGCCUCAUGUUGAUCAUUUCAGAAAUGACCCAAAUCUCUAUACUUCUCAGCUCAACCAUUUUUUAGAAGAUUGUAUGCUUGCUGAAAGCAAUUGUUAAGCAAAACAGCUGAGGCACAGGCACUGACCAGAACAUUUUGUUUUCUUCUUUUGUUAUUAGAAGUUUUAAAAUUAUACAGAGCUUAUAGAAAUUGAUUCAUUGACAUGGAGGAAGGUCGUCUCGAUUCUUAAAUCAUAUCAAAAAAGUGUAAAUAAAGAUGUACGUGUUUCCUCUAGUCAUUUGUCAUCUCUGAA